CUAGUUGCGAGAGCGAUGCUGGAUAUGGACUAUAUGCCCGAACCAAGAGGACUGCUUCUUGUGUCUGUUUCCGGAAGGUAGAUUCCCAGAGAGAUAGCAUAUAUAUAAGACAAGGUCCUCCUGUGAAGUAAGUAUUUCUAUUUGGGAAUUCACGCCUCAGUCCGCAGCCGCAUCUUUCAUAUCUUAUUCUGUUCUCUUUCCGCGCAGGACGCAGCCAUAUUUUAGUACAGUUCUUUUCUUUUUAUUUGUCCAAAGAAGGUAUUUGAUAUACCACACUGCCUUUUUCUCUGUGGUUUACUUUUGUCUUGUCGAUUCAUAUUUGGGAUUAUCUACCAUGCAUUACUCUAUCGCUGUUGUCCUCGCGGUCUGUUCCGCCCACGUCUCCGCUCAUGGAGUCGUCACGCAAAUCCAGGGUGCCAAUGGAGUGAACAUGCCAGGCCUCUCAGUGAUCGAUGGCACCCCUCGUGAUUGCUCAUCACCUUUAUGUGGUGCGGAAGACGAUACUUCCAUCAUCAGAGACAAGGAACUGGGCACUGACAAAGCCUCUGCACUGGGUCGUACCAAGGGCAAUGGUCCCGUCGAUGCUGCGUCUGCGAUUGCGACCUUCAUGGGCAACUCGACGGCCAAUGCAGCUACCAAGAGAAGGAGAGGACUGCUUAGUGAUCUCCUGGGAGGUGGAAAGGAUGAUCAGAACGAUGCCAACACAUCUGAAGGAACUAAGACGGCCGAUGGAACAGUCGAAGAAGGCGUCAAAGCCGCAGCUGGUACUGGAGCCACGUCCGGUCUUCCAACAUGCUCUGACAACGGGACUAUCUCCAUGACUUACCAUCAGGUCAACCAAGACGGCGCUGGUCCAUUAACCGCCAUGAUCGAUCCGACAUCAGGUGGAACAGACCCUAACGCCUUCCAACAAGCUACAGUCACUCAGGACAUCCCCGGCGACAACAAGCUGUCACUCGACGGCGUCACGAAGACUGAUUUCCCGAUCCAAGUGCAAAUGCCAGCAGGAAUGACCUGCAGUGGAACUGUCGGUGGUGUAAAGAACGUGUGCAUCGUCCGCGUAAACAAUAACGCGCUGGCAGGACCGUUCGGUGGUUCAGCAGCAUUCACGCAGUCCGCCGCAGCAACUAAACGAUCCAUCGAGUACAGAAUGCGCAAGAGGCACUUUGCCCGUGGUAUUCUGGGCGAGGCGUCUGAGUAAAGUGCUGGUCGGACUUGGACGAAUACCAUGGCUCAAUCUGUCAUGGCCAGAAGGUAUUGUAGGGGGGAUCUGCGGUUCUAUGACUAGGAUCCAAUGGCCGGAUAUAGCCUCUAAUAAGUGUUUUCCUUUUUCCAUUCAUUCAUUCCUUUAUUCUUAACUCUAAUAAUUAUGCACAAGAAGAUAUUGAGAGAAGAAGAGAUCUCUACAUACCACGGAACAAUGUCUUUUUUUUUUAUAACGGGGCAAAGUUGAAUCCAAUAUAUAAGGGUGCAAGUCGUUCCUUUUGAAUAAAUCCCAACACAAUAUCCCCAACUCCAAUUCUUUGCUGGAUACGCUCGUCUGUCUAGAGAACCUAGAUUAUUUCAUCACAAU